ACCAGUGUGCCCCAGGGGUGCAUUGAAAAGAGCGUAUGUGUAUUUGUUUGUCUGCUCGCUCAAUAAAGUCAAAAAACGGAAAAACGCAGCUUUGUGAUCUUGCGAGUCGCCACUACGAUGCUUCCAGAGUCCGAAGCUCCGGGAAUUUGAUAUUGGAAGCGAGAAUUUUUCAUUCCAAUCGGGAAUGGACGCAAUGCUAGAGUGAACGGCGGCGCGCAACUACCAAGCCCAUGUCCCUGCAGGCCGCCCCGGUUCCGGUGCCGGCUGCCGUGCCGGCCACUUUGUCGGUCAGUGCCUCGGGCACACAAAUGAUACGCCCCCAGACGCUGGCCGGUCCCGAGCGGGAGCCCAUCGAGUUCAACAUCAACCUAGUGGGAGCUCCGCCCGAGGUGGAGCAGCUUGUGGAGCAGAUCAAGAGCGUGGCCGAGCAGUUCCUCUACCACUGGAAGAGCUUUCCCAUCGUUCUACCCCAGGCGCUGGCCAGUAGCGGACUGAAUCUGACGGCCAGGAACGCGACCAACAGCGUGAGCAGCCGCAAAACGCGUCCCAUUAAUCUGCGCGACCUCUUUAUAGCGCCUCCCUUUGACGAGCUGGACGCCGUGGCCUCGGAUGGGAGUGGAGAGCCCCGCCGGCUGACGAGCGCCCAGCUGAAGACGCUGCGGGAAACUGGCUUGCAAAAGGAUAAAUAUGGAAAGCCGAAGAAAUUAACUUUGGAACAAUUGGAAACUAUACGUAAAAAUGGCGAGUUCGAUGUACCCAGUCUGCAUUUUCCUGGCCAGGUGCACAAGUGGCGCCUGUCGCAACUGCUCCAGAAGGGGAAGUUGCGUGCCCAGGACUCCUUUUUGAGCGACCUAGCCCUGGCCGCCCGGUUCGUGGUAGUCACGGCUCGAGCACGGAUCUUCUCGCACUUCUUCUCCGUGGUGCAGGCGAUGCACGGGCUCUUGGGAGCGUUCACCAAGCUGGCGGACAUGUUCAUUGGGGUGCCGGCUCUGUUGGCCCACAACCUGGACUACAAGAUCAAGGAGGAGCGUUGCCGAUUUCUCAUAGCCGAGUUGGUUUGUCGGCCCGAGUUUGAGGACUGCUUGGACGGUCUGUGCUCAUAUGUCCGAAAGAUGCUGCGACGCGCCACCAUGGAGAAGUUUGACUUUAACAGCUGCGAGGUCAGCCAGCCCGUGCCCUAUCUAUUCCUCACGCCCAAGGGACAGGAGAUCGACCUGCGCCUGUUCUGCCGCGACAUCAUGCGCAAGGCGCUGCCAAUUCUGAUUGGCAUUCUGGAGAGGGAGACGCGUGGCUGGUUCCUGCACUUCCGCGAGCGUCUGAUUGCCGAGCUGCGGGCCAAGAAGCUAAACGACAAGGAGAUCGAGGAGGAGGUAAACGAGGCGGUUAUGAAGGAGUAUCUGCAGCGCGUCUACAGCUCAAUCGUCUCCAAUGCCAAGCUGGCGGAGCUGGGCGCCGGAGUGCCGGAACUCCUGGUGCAGCAGGCCCAGUCGGUGGUGAUCAUGUACAAGGCGGUGGACAAGGUGGAGCAAAACAUCAAGCGCACCCGAGAGGACCACCAGAAGUGUCUCUCCAACGACCAUUCCGUGCUGUCGCGCGUUGCUCCCUGGCUGCGCUCCAAGCUACGCCACGCCGAGGAGAACAGGCUGCACAAGAGCGCCUGGUCGGCGCACGAGGAGGCGCUGAAGAUGUGCACCCAGCACAAUCUGCACCAGACCGCCUACUUCCUGUCCCGCGACCUGGCCUUCAUGAAGGAACGCGAGCCAGUGCUGUUGAAGGAGCUGAAGAACGCCAAGACUCCCACGCGAAGCUUUCAGUGGGCCUGUCGCAUAUGGUCGCCGCAGUCGUGGAUCAUACGUCGCAACUUCCAGGGCCAAUCAGACGUAAUUCCCACUGUGAUCAGCCAGCAUGCCACCAGCAUUGUUACCCCCCGCUCGGAUCCCAGCCAGCCAGUGUUUCUGGUGGAAAAGGAGAUUAUCCGGACCACAAGCACCCGCUGGCCGUUCUGGCGCCUCCUCAACAUGAUCCAGCGCAUCUGGUGCUGGUCCUGGAACAUGAUGUUCCUGCUGGGCAUCCUGGUGCCAUGGUGCAGUCCGCUGGGGCUACGCGCCCUCUGCUGUGUGAAGCCCUUCAUGCCCGACCUGGAGCUGUCGCAGAUCAACGGCACACUGUUCCCCAGGAAGACGAGCAUCACUCAGACGCUGGCUUCGCGACUCAUCGAGUUGUGGCGCCACAUAUCCAAGUCGCGCACGCAUUUUGAGACAGAACCGGAUACGGGCUUUAUUGGCAAGGGAUUGACACGCAACCUGAAUCGAACUUGGAACUAUUUUGUGAAAGGAUUCCUGGGCACCAUUGUUAUUUUGUUCGCUUUUCCGCUCAUCUGUUUGGCCGCCAGUUUACUGAGCAUAAGUCUGGCUGUUACUGCACCUCUAUGGAUACCCGUAUUUGUGCUACUGCUUCACAUUUACAUGAUCCUCGUCUAUGACUUGGAUGCACCUGACAACGCAAAGAAUCGUUAUUGCAUUCUGCUGGAGGCCAUAGUGUGGAAUUUUCUCAUCCAGGGCUUGCUGCAGCCGGUGGCGGCGGUUGUAAUGGCCACGUUGAUCUGCCCACUGGCUGCGGGAGUCGUUUUUAUAGUUGGAGUAGUUCGGUAUUCCCUUCGCCUCGUCUGGGACUCGCUCACCUACCAUCUGUUCAUCAAGAAGUGUGGACGUGUUCCGGCCUCGGAUAGCAUUGCAGUAAAGCGAAUCGCUGGGCCCGGACUGGCACUGGACUACUACUUCAUCAUCCGACCAGAGCAGGCUUUGGCUGCGCUAGAGGCUAAAAUGGAAUUGGACGAGUUGCAGGCCUACCAGCAUGCCACGGAGCGAGUGGUGCUGCAGCCGCAACAGGACUUCCUCCAGUUUGUCGAGGCCUGCUUCGGACCGUUCUCCGCCCAAAUCAGUAAAACCGGUCCGUACUUGUCGCUGGACCGCGAGGCGCAAGAUUUGAUGAGCACGCUCCACGAGAAGCUGGAGAAGCGACGAAGAGAAUUGCAGACGGCGCUGACCACUCAGGUCAAAUCGCGCAUCAAGUUGAAUACCAAAGAAUUAAAAAUUGCUAUACAACUGGCCGCCCAUAUUUUAGAGAAGUAUUAUCCGUCUCAUGUCAUCGGCAGACUGUCGAUCAGCGAAGAAGAAUUUUGGGAUAAUAAAGGUCUCACGGUGAACGACUGGCCGGGACUGGCUGGCCUUAUAUACACCGACAUAUUUAGUUUAGAUUUUCUAACGCCAUUGACUGAACACGACACACAUUUUAAACUAGAACCACAUGCCUCGCUUGAUCUGAUGCGCUAUACGGAGAUGGUAAAGAAUGCAAACGAUGUGAUUGGAUCCAAGGGCCUGGACCUUCUCGGCAACGUGUACGCGCCGCGUGGCAACGUCCAGGUGCACCUGCCCUUCCUCGAGGUGACCGCAUUCAACCCACGCUCUCGCAUAACGCUCACCUUCCGCAAGCCCGAGAAACGGGACAUGUCGGUGGGGCUGACCACACCCAGGGUGCGUGCCCAUCGUGCCCAGCAUGUGCCGAAGACGCCACAAGAUGCCCAGAAGGCCUGGCGACCGUGGAAGCAGAAAUGUGGGGAGAAGAGCGUUACGGAAAAGCUGCUCAUCCCGUUGCCCGUGCCACAUCCCGUUCACAUUGCCAUCGCCAUCUACAAUCGCGACACCGAACAGCCCAUUCCCUUAGACUCGGAGCUGGUCUGGGAAAUCCUCAAAUCGAUUGAAGACUGUCAAGGCGGUGAUGCCAUGGCUGUCCAGGCUGUGGCGCGAUAUCGGGGACCGGUCAUAGAAUCCAGCAAUGACUCCCUGGCCAGCAGCAGCAGCAUCGGCAGCACACGAGACUCGGGCUCUGGCUCUGUGUCGGGUUCUGCCUUGGGCAACGGCACAGAAACAUUACCCUGCGGAAAUCGUGAGGUUUGCACGCAGGUCAAGGUGGAUGCCGAACCGGCUGCCAGCUCCUCCGGCUUCCAUUGGACUCUUAGCAACUGGGGAGCGGCGCAAACAGCCCGGCGUCGAACCAACUCGAAUGUGCGCGUGGACCUGGCCAGUCCCGAAGAUAUAUCCCUGGACACGGAUAGUUCUCGUGCCGUUUUUAAUAACGCCUACGGCACAACUGUCUAACAGGCUUUCAGUGGUUUGGGCACACAAGUAUAUAUUAACCUAUCAACACACGUAGAUUUAUUCGUGGCUGCUCGCUUUUAAGAAAAGAAUGCAUAACCCGUUUUAUCGAAUGAAGUCUCGAAUAUGGUCUUAGUAACGCGAUGUUUUGGGAGGGAAUCGAUUGUUCAAAAAAAAAGUUCGAAUCACUUUUAACAUACUUUAGAGAGUUUAGAAAUUGUCUGUGAGUGGUAUAUUUGUGAAUGAUAUGCCACAUUUACUUGCAACCAGGGAACAAUCGUUAAUAUUAACACUUCUCUUCCCUCCUCAAUAUGAAAUCCAAGGCAGCCGCGCUAGUUAAAGUGUAAUAAGAACAAAUUUAUCCAUCUAACUAUAUUUACAUAUUCGUAUAUGAUAUACAUAUACAAAUCGAUAGUAAACACCGCAUAGGCGAGUCGAAAAGUAACAAAUUUCAAUCUAGUCGCAAGCAGAUUUUAUGCAGCAAUCUAAUUCGAUUUCUUAUGCAACUAAUGAGAAUAAACUAAACGCAGCUUCAUGACAGUUUUACAACAGAGUUGAGUUUAUUCUGAUUUCCGUUCUAAAAGCCAAUAAUAAUACUUAUUGAGUGUGUAUACAAUAUAAGCCAUGAGAUUUUUCUUUGUACCUAACCAACAAAACACAUUUAUGUUUAAACAUUUUAAGAAAUGUAUUAUAAAUAUGCCACGAAUUGUACCAUGAGCAGUUAAACAAAUAUUGUUGAUUAAUAACUAAUUUAUUUGUAUACACUCAAACUAUCACAACACUAAUGUUUUAUCUACUCCAGUACAUUUUCUUCCAAAUACGAAAUACAAAAUACUAAUUAAAUGGAUAAACUGAUUAAACCGCAUCGGUGUUAAAAGGACACCCUUGAAAAUCAUAAAAACAGCAUUAAACAGUGGCAGCGUAAAGUACUUCUACAAAAAUAUUAAAAUAGGACAAGGGAUAAAACAUUUUUACAUUUAUAUAUACAUAUUUAGAUCACUUAAUCGUAAACUAUAACUGUUGAUGCCUUUUGUAUCUAACAUUUUCCAAACCAGCUAAUAAGCUCAAUUCCAAUUCGACUCCAUCCCCAGAGCAAAGUACCCUCCAAGUAUUUCUCAAACAGAAUUAUUUUGAAAAUAUGUUUAACUGCCACAAAUAUAAGUAUUACUUUGUUCUACAGUCCGCACACUGCUCACUAACAAUUCAAAUUUUGAUACCGCUUUGGCAGCUUCCAGUGUUAUGUUUAAGCCGUUUAACUGAUUUUGUACACUUUUUUAUUUUUACGUCGAAAUGCAAACACCAGGAAUGGAAUGAAUCUUUACAUACAAAUAUACAAACAUUUACAUAAAUAUGUAGUUAUACAAUUAAACAAAGAAAAAAAUAUGGAGAACCGAAAAUCUCAUGAAAAAGCAUUGAACAAUUUUAUGUAAAAUGUUUUCUUAAUAUUAAACAAAAAAAAAAAUGUAACAAUAAAUUAUGAAUGAAAUAAUGUGUAUUGGCAUCUUUUUAAGCGAAGUGAAGUCAAAACUUACGACGCUUAUAAAGCUGCCUGUACAAUUGUAGUUUAAUAUGUAAUAAUAAAAAUGUUGGCUAAAAAUA